AUGAGCGUUCUGCUUGUCCUACUGAUUCCGCUUGCUCGUGUCCUGGGAGAACGUUUGCCAACCUGGAGGCCUGAUUCAUCAGCACCAUCAUUCCCCGUGAGAGAUUCCAGUCUUCUGAGUCUUCCUGACAACUACACUCGAAGAAACCCGCGACCUGCCAACCUGAACGAGAUAUUGGAGAUCCGCUCUGGAAUCACAGAUGUGGCGACAAGGACAUUCCGUGGCGUGGAGAAAAUACGAGCUCAUAACGGAACUUUGUAUCUGAGUGGUGGUUUGACUUUCGAUGUACCGUACUUGGAGAUUGAAGGCAACCUGAUGAUUGUGGCGGUCGCAACUGGUUUCACCUGCAUCACAGUGAAGGGUGUUCUUAUUAUCAACGGAAAUUUGUCCAUCAGUGAUUGCGAAGGUCCUGAUGGAGGUGCCAUCAAUGCAAAUGAGUUCAAUAUGACUCAGGGCAUCUUGACAAUUCAGAACAGCAGCACAGUUGCAGGCCAUUGGAGAGAUUUCACCUCGGGUGGAGCUAUUCAAGCUGAUCACUUUCAACAGACGGGUGGCCAGAUUGUCAUCCAGCACUGCAGAGCCCAUGGCCCAGGAGGAGCUAUUUGGGCAGAUGAAUUCAGCUUCAAAGGUGGUUCUUUGCAGAUCGAGAAUUGCGAAGCAAUCAUCAAUGGGCAAGGAGGUGAUGACAUUGACUUCUCGGACGUUGAGACGGAAAUAGGAGCAGCUGUGGCAGCAAGGGGAGGGGGUGCCAUUGCAGCGCGCCGCUUCGACGUAUUUGGCGGCACUUUGAUUCUAAAGCAUUGCUCUGUGAGAGGAGUUGAUCAUCCAGGUGAGGGUGGAGCUAUUUCGGCCUGGAAGGUUGACAUCAGCGAGGGGGUUCUGCUGAUUCAGCACUGCAGAGCAGAAGCUUUAAAAGGAGGUGGUUUUGGUGGUGCCAUUGCUGCGGGGAAAUACAUGCAAUCUGGCGGGAACGUCACAAUCACAGCAUCUUCAGCCAGAGGAUCCGGUUUCCACCCAGGCUAUGGAGGUGCCAUACAUGCUGAACAAGCUGGUGUGUUUGGGGGAAAUUUGAUGAUCAACGAUUGCAGAGCUGAAAGUCUCAAAGCAAGUCAUGGUGGAGGCAUAUACGUGGUGGAAUUGUAUCGCCAGAUCGAAGGCAAUGUGACUAUUGAAAACUGCUCGGCUGAAGGUGACGGUGGAGGUCUCUUUUCCAGUGAAGAUAUGAUGCAGCAUUCGGGCAGGUUACAAAUACGGCAAUGCCAUGCCUUAGGAGAAGGAGGCAAGGGUGGUGGCAUUUAUGCUGAGAGGAUCUACCAGAACAACGCAGAACUUCAGGUUAAAGAGUGCACUGGAGAUCUUGGAGGUGCCAUGUUCAUGGAUGAAUGGAAACAGACCGAGAGAUCUACUGCUAUCUUCCAAGAUUGUGUGGCAUCCAGAGAUGGUGGCGCAGUGUUCUCCCGAGGCGAUCUCAAUUUGAGUGGGAAGAUUGUGUUCAAAGGCUGCCGUGCAGAAGGCAGUGGAGGAGGGAUACGAGUGCAAUCAGCUCGGCUGAAUGUAACUUCAGCAGUUACCUUCGAUGAGUGCACUGCAGGCCAAAGUGGCGGUGCUCUGUAUACGAACGGUAGCGCUGAAUUUCAUGGGGGAGCUUUGUUCCGAAGCUGCUUUGGAGGAACUUCUGCUACUGUUGCAGUGGUGGGAAAGCUGGUAUCGUCCCACAUUGAGAUUGUGGGCACUGAGACAUUCAAACAACUUCGACAAGAGGUCAAGAGCAUCGGGGAUGUCACCAUAACAGCCAUGAGCUGCAACAAGAUGUCGGAAUGUCAACUGGAGGCACCUCAAGUUUCUGUUCGAGAUUUGUCCUGCCCCUGGGGCGCGGGGCGCGGAGAACGAUCGUCCACCCGGUCCUCCAUCGUAGGAUGUUUCGAAUGCCCUGCGGGCACGACCCGCUUGGUCGAUGCUGUCAAUGCCUUGUGCGAACAAUGCCCAGAGAAGGCAGAGUGGUGCCUGUCCACAGGGUUGAAGAUGCCGCUGGGAAUGACGGUCGAUUGGUGGAAUCUAUCUUCGUCGACUUAUUGUCCAAAUCCUUCGGCUUGUCCUGGUGGUGAAAUAAAGAGUUUGCCAGGUGUUGACCAUUCAAAGCGAUCGCAGAUGGUGUUUAGUUCGAUGUGCCGCACGGGGUAUAAGGAUGAUGGGUGCUGGAAGUGUUCCGAAAAGUAUGGCACAGCUGACGGCAACCCGUUGAGUUGUGCUCCAUGUUCUGACUCUGUCUUUGGCUUGAUUCGGGCACUGACGUACUACGUUGUGAAGGAUACAUGGUUGUUCUUUUCAGCAGUCGCAAGCGCUUUGACAGCCACUGGUCAGAAGAAACAAAGCUCAGUUCUGAUCAAUCAGCUCAUGGCAUUUGCCACCGUGUCCAGCAUCGUGGUGUCUGCUGUGAUGCAAACCGAUACCUUCAAACAGCUGCAUUACAACCUCCAGUGGUUCUUGCAAUCUUCAGAUUUGGUGGUAGGCUUCGCACAAGGGGGUGGUAGUGGCAGCAGCAUAUCCACCGAUUGCUUGCUGAGGCAAUUUGGCCUUUCACCUGGGCUGAUGACAAUUCACAUGGCUUCGAGCAUUAUACCUCUCAUUUUGAUGUUGAUCCUGGCAGUUGUAAAGGAGCCAUUGAUUUCAGUGGUGGUUGGGACAAACGUCUUCCUUCCUGGAUUCACUUCUUUAUUUGGGAACUAUUUAAUUGCCUUCCGGUUGAAGCCUUUCGACGAAGGUGGCGAUCUCUUGAUGCCAUUCAUGCCGGGCUUUGCACUGGACUGGUUGGUCAUCUCAGCUGCAAUCCUGGUGUGCUUUGCCGUAGGAACUGGCAGUUGGUAUCGCGUUGCACUAUCCAAGAGUGAUGAAGUGGAGAUGCCGAGACAUGUUCUUUAUUUGACUCAACCCUAUAGGCCACAGUGCAGGGCUUGGGAGAUCGAGCGGCUGGCCCGGAAGAUGCUGCUCUCUUUGCUCACAGCGACGAUACCAGUGACCUUUUCAGGGGCCUUGCAGAUGCAGGUUGUAUCUGCUAUUUUAAUCAUCUCGCUGACACUGCAUUAUCGCUGGUCGCCAUACAAAGUGAACUUUUGGAACGAUGUCGAGAUCGGCUUGCUGACUACUGCAAUUGUUCUUGCAAGUUUGACAUCAACAUUGAUUGCAAAUGACUUGCACUGGGCGCGAUCCUUUAUCACAGGGAGCAUACUGAUGACGCUCAUCAUCAUGCUGGUGACAGUAAUUUGCGGCACCAUGAUUGUGCUUGUGAUGAUAAACCUGUAUCGAGAGCGGCAUCCUGCGGCAGAGACUGAACCUUUGGAUAACUCUGAGAUUCCAGUGGAUGGUCACUUCAGUGAAGCCGGGAAAGAGUCCUGA